GGAGCCACUUCCGGUGGCGGCUCCUUAGCCUGCACCAGUCUCGUGCGGCCCCGGGCCCGUUCCUGACCCCUGGCGUCCCCUUGGUCGCGCCGGCGAGACCUCUUUUCGGUCUCCAGGAACCGAGCAGAGGCCGGGAAGGCCUGUCCCGUGCCGUCUCCCGCAGAGUGUCCUGCACUGAGGUGGUAAAAUGUGCUGCGAGAAGUGGAGCCGCAUGGCUGAAAUGUUUCUCUUCAUUGAAGACCUAGAAGAGGAUUAUAAGAUCCUUUGCCUCUGCUCCAGGGCAUUUGUGGAAGAUCGAAAAUUGUGCAAUUUGGGAUUAAAAGGCUACUAUGUCAAAGGCAAUGACGACAAUGCAGGAGACCAAGCUACAGAAGGGGAGAAAGGCGGCACUGCAGAGUCACAUAACAGUAAAGGCUUAGGCCUAGAUGAAAGUGAACUUGAUUCUGAAGCUGAACUCAUGAGAAGUAUGGGACUACCACUUCAGUUUGGUGGGAUAGCUGCACAUAAGAAUUUUGAGGUGUCUAUGAAUACUAGAAAUAAGGUUAAAAUAAAAAAGAAAAAGAAAAAACAUCAAAAGAAAUACCUAGAUGAAAUUAUGAGAGAAUCUUGGAGACAAGAAUAUGAAGAAGAUGACAUUUUGGCUUCAGACGAUCCAUCUUCAGUUGAACAGUAUGAGAGCACCAAAACAUGCAAACUUCAAACCAAAAAAGACAUUGAAACUGAAAAUCUUCCUGUUGAAAAUAUAUUAUCUCCAAAGCCAGAAAUCACAGAAAAUUGGGAAAAGUAUUGGAGUGAAUAUGGUGGAGGACUAUUAUGGCAAAGCUGGCAAGAAAAACAUUCAGAUCAGAUACUAUGUUCUGAACCUUGGAACAUUCCUGAUACAAAGGAGGAAUGGGAACAACAUUAUAGUCAACUUUAUUGGUAUUAUUUGGAACAAUUUCAGUAUUGGGAAGCUCAGGGUUGGACUUUUGAUCCCUCACAAACCUGUGAACCAGAUACUUGUGGGUCUAAAAUAGAAGUUGACAAUGAGAAAGAUGAGAAUUGCAUGAAAGCAGACUUAAUAUCUUCUCCAUCUCCAUCUGUUACAAUUGAUAGUGAAAGCUCUAGUUCAAGUGAUAAAGAGCAUAAUGAAAUCCUUGGUGGAAUUAGAAAUAUAAGUUUGAAUUCAGAGGAAGUGGAACAGAGCCAGUUAGAUUCUUCAGUAAGUUGUGAUGGACGUCCGUGGCUAAGUGAAGUCAGCAGCAGCAGAGAAUGCCCUACUUCUGGCCAGAGUGAACCAUGUAAUGGAGGAACCAAGGACAGCAGCUUGUCUGGGAACAGAAGCACGAACCAACCAGCUCAGGAUUCACAGGACUCUUCAGAAGCAAACACAAUCAAAGAAAGACCACAUCCCAACAGUACUGAUGGAGAUGAGAGUGGAGAAGAUCCACCUGAACGUAAGCCAAGCAAACUCAAGAGGAGCCACGAACUGGACAUUGAUGAAAACCCAGAUUCAGACUUUGAUGACAAUGGUUCCCUUCUAGGAUUCAAGCAUGGCUCAGGACAAAAAUAUGGAGGAAUUUCAAAUUUCAGUCAUCGGCGGGUCAGAUACCUACAGAAGAAUGUGAAGUAUAAGUCAAAGUUCCUGGACAUGAGAAGACAAAUAAAUAUGAAAAACAAACACAUUUUCUUUACUGAAGAGUCAGAAAAGACGUUCAAAAAAAGCAAAACUUUGACUAAGGUAGAAAAAUUCCUAAAAUGGAUUAAUGAACCAAUGGAGGAGGAAGCACAACAGGAGUCAGUUUCUCAUGACAAUGUGCAAGACACCUGCACAAGCAGUGAUUCAGAGGAACAAGAAAUGUCUGUUAAAAGUGAUGACCCACUGGAGACAAGUAAUCCAGAGCCUGAAAAGUGUCAUGCCAUGUCUUCAGCUGAUGAACUUGAAACAGAAAAAAAUGAAGGAGACAGCACAGUAGUAGCUAUUACAGAUAAGGAAGUUGGUGUUACUCAGAUUACACCAGAUUCUCUUCAGGUAGAAACUGAAGCAGAAAGUAAAAAGAAGAAGAAGAAGAAAAACAAGAACAAAAAGGUAGUUGGUCUGCCUCCUGAGAUAGCUGCUGUUCCUGAGCUGGCAAAAUAUUGGGCCCAGAGAUACAGGCUCUUCUCCCGUUUUGAUGAUGGGAUUAAAUUGGACAGAGAGGGCUGGUUUUCAGUUACUCCUGAGAAGAUUGCUGAACACAUUGCUGGCCGGAUCAGCCAGUCCUUCAAGUGUGACAUUGUAGUAGAUGCAUUUUGUGGAGUUGGAGGAAAUACUAUUCAGUUUGCCUUAACAGGAAAGAGAGUGAUUGCCAUUGAUAUUGAUCCUGUGAAGAUUGAUCUUGCUCGCAAUAAUGCAGAAGUUUAUGGAAUAGCAGACAAGAUAGAAUUCAUCUGUGGAGAUUUCCUUCUGCUGGCUUCACAUUUAAAGGCUGAUGUUGUGUUUCUUAGCCCCCCUUGGGGAGGACCAGACUACGCUACUGCGGAGACCUUUGACAUCAGGACCAUGAUGUCUCCUGAUGGCUUUGAAAUCUUCAGGCUUUCCCAGAAGAUCACUAAUAAUAUUGUUUAUUUUCUUCCAAGAAAUGCUGAUAUUGACCAGGUGGCGUCCUUAGCUGGGCCUGGAGGGCAAGUGGAAAUAGAACAAAACUUUCUUAAUAAUAAAUUGAAGACAAUCACUGCUUAUUUUGGGGACCUGAUUCGAAGAUCAGCCUCUGAAUCGUAACUGUGAGGUGGUGCAAAGACAAAGUUCAUGUGUGGUCAGAACACUAUUCAGAUGAGACCCUUGGGAUUUCUUUCUAUAUUCACUAAUAUUUUGUACCCACGAUCUUAUAUCACCAUAUGAAAUGGAAACUUACAGUAGAUUAAGGAAUAUUAAUGAAGUACUUUGACGUCUUUGGAUAAUAUUAACUCUGUACAUUAUACAUAAGGAUAGUAAGUAACUGAAAUGGAAAAGGUAGUUUUUUCCCUGUGCUUACUGUCAGACAAUGUGUAUAUAUGUACGUGUGUGUUUCUGGUUUUUUUUAUAAUUGCAUAUGUUUUGGUUUAACAUCUUUGUGUGUGUGUGUGUGUGUGUGUGUGUGUGU